UCCUUUUUUUGGUUGGAUGACGUCCUCAUGACGCAUGCAGUGACCCCGCCCCCCUCGCGCGCGCCCCUCACCCUCCCCGGUCACUUCCUGUAUCCUUCUUUGCUCGGACGCCAUUUUGUCAUUUCGACUAACAGCAGCGAGAUCUCUUUCAGAUUUUCACCAUGAGCGGAUGUCGUGUGUUUAUCGGCCGUCUGAGCCCUCACGCCCGGGAGAGAGACGUGGAGAAGUUCUUCAAGGGUUAUGGACGCAUCCGGGAGAUCAACCUGAAGAACGGCUUUGGCUUUGUGGAGUUUGAUGACCACAGGGAUGCGGACGACGCCGUGUACGAGUUAAACGGAAAGGAGCUUUGCAAUGAGAGGGUGACCAUCGAGCACGCUCGCUCCCGUCGUGGUCGAGGAGGUGGAGGAGGAGCAGGCAGCCGCUUCUCUCCACGCUUCGGAGGCUACCGUCAAUCACGCAGUGCAGGAUCCAGGUAUGGGCCUCCCGUGCGUACGGAGCACAGGAUUGUCGUGGAGAAUCUGUCGUCCCGUAUCAGCUGGCAGGACCUGAAGGACCUGAUGAGGAAAGUGGGAGACGUGACGUUCGUGGACGCUCACAGAGCCAACAAGAACGAGGGGGUGGUUGAGUUCGCCUCACACAGCGAUAUGAAGAACGCCAUCGAGAAGCUGAACGGUACAGAACUGAACGGCCGCAAACUCAAACUGUAUGAGGACCGAAAGAGGAGCCGCAGCAGGAGUCGCUCUCGCAGCUCCUCCCGUUCCCGCUCUCGCUCACGCUCCAAAUCUGCGAGUCGAAGCCGCAGCCGCGAGGACAAGCGCGAGAGCAAGCGUGAGAAACGCUCUCGCAGCCGCUCUCGCUCGGCCAGUCGCACGCCGGAGAAGAAAACAUCAGCCAAGUCCGAGUCCCGCUCUCGCUCCCGCUCUCCGUCUCCCAGGAAACAGUCUCGCUCUCGCUCAGCGUCCACCGAGAGCCAGCACUGAGAGAGCGCGGGGGUGUGUGUGCGCGAGCGUGUGUGCGGGUGUGAGUGUGUGCGCGAGCGUGGGUGUGUGUGCGCGUGCGAGUGUGUGUGCGCGCGAGCGAGUGGUUUGUUGAAACCUGGAAUCUGUGUGUAACUUGCAGGCCCUGUUCGUAUAUCUUUAUCUUUACAGAGAGUGAACUUUAUUAACCUUUUGAUUUUUAUUUUAAUUUUUUUUAUUUGAUUUUUCUGUAUCGAGCUUUAUUAGAUGUAAAGAAACUGUACGUGAGGUACAGAGAUGUAGUCGAUCAGCCGACACGCUCGGGGUCUGAGGCUUUUCUUUAAUGUCCACUCCACAGUGUGUCAGUGUGUGAAGAUUUACACACACACACACACACACACACACACACACACACACUUACACUGUGUUGUAGCUCGGGUGGAGAGCUGAAGAAUCGAACCUGACUCCGAGCACGACUCUGCCGAUCCGCUACACCUGCAGGAGGAAGUGCGCGCUUUUGUGCUUUUGUUAUUGUAGUAGAGAUGUCAUUAAAUAAAAACAGGACCAGGUGUGUGUGUGUGUGUGUGUGAGAGAGAGAGAGAGAGAGAGAGCAGGGUGUACGAGAGUGUUUUUCACUUGUGUUCUGUACUUGUUUAUUUCCACACGGUCGUCAUUGUGCUGUGUGUGUUUCUGGUUCUGUAACUGCUAAUGAUUUAUUACAGAAAUAAACUGUGAAUCACCAGGUUA